CUUUUAUUUUGGUGUGGUGAUGUGACGUCAUAAGGCUGCGCCGCGCUCUCGCACAUGUUGUGAUUCGACUGAAGAAAGGACAGAGUGUCCAAACACACAGAAAAACUCCCGCCGAAGCGACUGAGACACACGGUUAUAAAGAUGGCGUUUAUUGAAGAGGAGAGUGAAGACAUUAGGAUUAAAGAUGUAUUCAGCAUGAAACAAGAAGAUCCUGAGACACAAACAAAGAUGGUGUUUAUUAAAGAGGAGAGUGAAGACAUUAGGAUUAAAGAUGUAUUCAGCAUGAAACAAGAAGAUCCUGAGACACAAACAAAGAUGGUGUUUAUUAAAGAGGAGAGUGAAGACAUGAAAACCGAAGAUGUGUCCACAUAUGAAGAUAGUGAGACACAAACGUUUAUUAGAGAGGAGAAUGAAGACACAAAGAAUAAAAAAGCAUUCAGAGUCAAACAUGAAGAUGCUGAGACACAAACAGACUGCCCACUCUGCGAACGUGUAUAUUCCAGGCUGAGCCAGCACCUGAGGGUGACCCACAGGGUGGUGAACCUUCAGGAAAGGAAGCUGCUCCUUGCCAUCUCCUCCGGGAGGGUGGACGUCCGCAAGGGUACCUGCCCUGUGCCCACCUGUGGCAAGUUCACCUCCCGUAUAGACCGCCACUUGAUUGGUCACACCGAGCUAACGGCGGCAGCCCGGCAAGAGACCAUACAGGCUCUGAAGAUGAGGAAGAUCCUGCAUGACCUUUCCGAGCUGAGGGCGAGCAACCCGGCCGUGCCCAUGGCCUCGACCCUCGACCAGGAGGACUCUCACAACCACACCUUAACUCUGGAGGAGGAGGAGCGGGCCUGUGACAACCCCCGCUGCCGAAACCUCAGGAAUGAGGUGGCAGACCUCAACAGGCAGGUGGGCACACUGAGCCAGGCCCUCAGAGACAUGACCCGCCGCUACUGCCUGUUGAGGAGGAGAUUGCGGCUCACCCCCUCUGCCCAGGUCAAUGGAAGAGUGUUGUCGCUCUUCUAUCUCCUGAGAAGGCAGCGGAGAAGGAGUAAGGCAAGCCCCGUGCUGGGCCUUCGGGGGAACCGGCUGGCCAGGGCCCCUGAGACCAGCCCCCUGCAACGGCGCCAUCUCAGCAACAGGAGGAGCACCCCUUCCUCGACCAUGUGCCGGCUUUGAACAUCCUCCUCAAGGAGUACCAGGGCAACCAGGAGAGCACCGACCCCACUCUGAGGCUGGUCAAUAAUGUGGCCUCAAAGAUGUUCCAUUUCCGCAACUACAUUGCGUACAUGAACCAGAUGUUGAGGAUGCGGUCCUGGCUCAACUAGGCCAAGAUCUUAUUCAAGCUACAAAUGUUAAUCAGCGAAUGGAGCAGUCGAGUGAUUUCUCUUUUUCUUUUGUUCUUUGAUUUACUUAAGCAAGUUUCACUUUAAAAGCUGCACUGUCUCUUUAAAACCUGAUGCACAUGACGCGGAUCUGACACGCAUCCGAUUUUCUCCAAACUCUUUACGGUCAUUUAAGACUUUAUAACUCCGUUAAGACUGCGUUUAGGAGGUAACCCGCCAAAACCGCGCAUUUUGACAAUUGUGUGUGUUUUUGUCAGUUGAAGUGCUACUGGCAGUCUGUCUGAAGCGUCUCAGCGCAUGUGUACAGCUAAAUGCGCAGCCUUUCAUUAUACUUCAUUUGACAAUAAUUUUCGUCCAGUGUUUGCACUAUUUCUCGCCAGAAGUUAUGACCGAUAACACACUGUCUUCAUACUCGGUUAAACUAGAGUUUGCACUUGUUAACGCUGCCAUCUAUUGAUGUUGCCGUCUCUGUAGAUUGUUGUUGCAUCUUUUUUCUUUUUCGGAUGGCCCGGGCCAGUAUUGCCACCAUGUGGACAACAAUUCAAGGCAUAUAUGCGACCUGUGCACACUUUUCCCUCGGGCCGGAUGAAGAUGAUUGGUGGGCCGGAUUUGGCCCGCGGGCCGCCAGUUGAAUAGCCCUGAUAUAAACAAUCAAUUUAGAAGAAUAAAAAGACACAUUUUAACUGUACAUCAGUGCAGGAUGUGAAAAAGUAGGCCAGUGCAAAUGUUCAUGAAGCAUACUUUUGAGGCCCCGUCUCAAAUGGCACACUUCAUAUGCACUUACGGUCUUGUGGACUUACAAUGGCUGCCACAUGUAAUGGUGGUGGCCUAUCAAAUAAUAAGAAUAAUAAAAAAAAAAGAUUACAUUUGUUUUUUCUUUGGUUUUUUUUGGUUUUUUCGGGUGCCAGACAGGGUUUUAAUCCUGUCAAUACGUAAACACCGGAUAACUUAUUUAAAACCAUCAAUUACAUAUGAAAGGUAGAAAGAAACAAAUUAAACUUUACAAAAUUAACAAAUUUAUUAUAAACAGUCAGCAAAAUCACAUAACAAACAGCAAACAUAAUCUGCUACCAACAAAACGAGUUAAGAGUUUUACAUUUAACUUAGACACCACCAUAAGCAAGACAAAAGGGGAAAAAAUAAUAAACAAAUGAAAGAAAAGAAAAACGUUAAAAUUCAGAAACCCCGAUGUGAAUAAGGUUGCUGCAAUGCCAUUUUCCCCAAUGUCUAUUUCACUUCUUUUUCAUGAAUGUUGAUAUUUGUAUGUUUAAGAGCGACUGAGGCAGGAGCUGUGUGUGAUCAGUGGAGAGGGGGCGGGGUGCAGUAGCUCAUUUGCAUUUAAAGGCACAUGCACCAAAACAGCGUUUUCAUCUGUGCUCAGAAAUGGGCAUAUUCAACAGGGAUUUAUAAAAGAUCUGUGAGGUAUUUUAAGCUGAAACUUCACAGACACAUUCUGGGGACACCUGAGACUUAAAUUACAUUGUAAAAAGAGGCAUAAUAGGGGAAAAUUUGCCUUUAUCUUUAUAUAUAUAAGAGGUCUUUGCAUCAAUACAUCCUGCAAGUUACAAAACUUAAAAUGUCCCCGUCGUUAAUAAAAAAAGCAUUUAUAGGCUCGUUUGAUUCCGAGAUGGCAUGCUCAGUGUUUUUUUGUUUGUUUUUUUGUUUUAAUUGAUAUACUUGCUAUGAUACGGAAUAUCCACAGAAGUUUUAUAGUGUCUGAUUUCACAGGUUUUUUUCUGAAUAUAAAAAGGAUGAUACAAUGGAAAGUAUUUGCUCUGGCUCUUGUUUUAAAUGAUUUUUGAACUCUCGGCGACCGUUAAAAAACACCCUAGCGCUCAGUGCUCGGCACUCUCCUGCCGUUUUAAAAAAACGUGGCGCUCCCAUUGAAAACAACUGAAAAAAAUACACUAGCCUCAGGUAAAAAGAAAGCUUUGGUGGACACGCGGCAUUAGCGCAUGCCUUAUGUCAGCCAUUCGCUGUAAUCCUGAAAGAAAGCUUUAUGAGUGAUCUUCAUGAGUGAAAUCUUCUGUUUUGUCACAAGUAAAGGGCCUGCCCACUGAGCAAAGGUACAUCCAAAAUAUGUCUUUUCGACAACAUCUUUGUUGGACAUGGCAAAGAUUCCCCCUGAGGAGCGAGAAUUAAUGUUUUUAUGGAGUCUUUUUUUGACAUCUUCUGCACGUCUGAUAUAGAUGUUCAUGGGACCUCCAUACAAGGUUAAAAACUGGUUCAAAUUUUGUCAUUGUGGACAUAUAUUCAACACCUUAUAAAGUCUCAUUAAGACUUUAUUUAUUCGUUUUAUUGACAAACUCUCAGGAUACAUUUAAUUAAA